CAACCCGCCAAGGUCGCCAGGCUUGUUCAUCGCCGCCUCCGACGUCCUCAAGAAAAAUGCCUAGGGCUCCGCGGAACCACAGCAAGACCUACAAGGUCCCCCGUCGGCCUUUCGAAUCUGCUCGUCUUGAUGCCGAGCUGAAGCUCGCUGGUGAAUACGGUCUCCGCAACAAGCGGGAGAUUUGGCGCAUUGGUCUUACCCUCUCCAAGAUUCGACGUGCUGCUCGUGAGCUCUUGAAGCUUGAUCCCAAGGACCCCAAGCGUCUCUUUGAGGGUAACGCUCUUAUCCGUCGUCUCGUCCGUGUUGGUGUGCUCGAUGAGUCCCGCAUGCGCCUCGAUUACGUGCUGUCCCUCAAGAUUGAAGACUUCUUGGAGCGUCGUCUCCAAACCCAGGUUUUCAAGGCUGGCCUUGCGAAGUCCAUUCACCAUGCCCGUGUUCUCAUUCGCCAGCGCCACAUCCGUGUUGGUAAGCAGAUCGUCAACGUUCCUUCGUUCGUUGUCCGCCUCGAUUCCCAAAAGCACAUCGAUUUCGCUCUCACCUCGCCAUACGGCGGUGGCCGUCCCGGCCGCGUCAAGCGCAAGCGUGCUGCUGCUGCCGCCAAGAAGGAGGAAGGUGGCGACGAGGAGGACGAGGAAUGAUUGGCGUCGUUGUAGCUUUAUUCUCGUCUCACCCUUCGUGCCGUCUGUAUAUCAUGCGGGCCUUAUCCUAUGGUGCAUAUGCGACCCAUACGCGCUGCUUGCAUGUCAU